AUGAAGAUGCUGCUGCUCCCGCUCGCUCUGCUCUCCGCCGCCCUGCUCGCCAGCGCAGCCCCUCCGACUUGCUACUCCAGGGUGUUGGCUCUGAGCAAGGAAAUCACGGAGUCCUUUCAGGAGCUGCAGACCUCCAAAACUGUGGACUCGUGUGUGGAGACGCUGCCCAGGCUGUACUUGGACAUACACAAUUACUGUGUGUUGGCAAAACUCCGUGAUUUUGUGGCCUACCCUGGAUGUGACAGAGUGGUUGAAGUGAAUGAGCUGAAGGAAAAAGCCCGGAGCCUGUACACCAUCUUGAUCUCCUACUGCAGAAGGGACCUGGUGUUCCUCACUGAUGACUGUAAUGCUCUGGAAAUUCCUAUUUCAUCUCCCGUUGAACACUCCAUCACUGAGAGCUAA